UGGUUUUUCUAUUAUAUCCCAUCUUAAUUAAAUCAUUUCCACAAAAAAAUGAGACAACUAUGCAACUUCUUUAUCCAGUGAAACAUUUCUUAAAUAUUCAAAAUUAUUAUUACUGUAUUGUUGCGAUGACAUAUUUUGGUACUCUUGCUAUAAUCACCGCAUAUGUUGCAUUUGAUACAGUAUUAGUUAUUUUCAUCCAACAUGCUUGUGGAAUGUUCUCUCUAAAUCUGAAUAACUAUAAUUCAAAUUGGUAUAACAUAUCACUUAGGACAAAAAAAAUGUUGUACAUUAUGUUACUUAAAUCUGAAAAGGUGUGUAAAUUAACAGGAGGAAAAUUCUUUGACAUGUCUUAUCACACUUUCGUCAAGGUUGGAACUGUAAUAGUGGCAUCAAAAGAAGGAGACAUUGUCGUUGUUUUAGAAGCAUCGCUAAAUAUUUUUAUCGACAUUAUAGUUUUAUCAAAUAUUAUAUUGUGGUUAUUUAACUUCACUAAAAAGAAAGAACAAUUUUGGAGAAAUAUGCAAAUAAAAGUCGAAAGAUCACUAUAA